AUGUCGCUCAGCUUCAAGACUUGGACCGGCACUCUCAGUGGCCCUGUCGUUGCUAAGACAGUUACCGGACCAGCACUCACUGGCCAUCAAGUUUUCGUAAAGACCACACACUCGGGCGUCUGCGGAACGGGUGUCCAUUGCCAUCAUGAAGAGAUUGGAAUGGGGCACGAAGGAGCUGGUGUGAUCACUCAAGUUGGUCCUGAAGUGACAAACCACAAAGUCGGAGAUAGAGUCGCAUGGGGAUGGCGAUACGGUCAGACAGGCUUUGAUCAAGGCUCUUUCUCCACCGGUGGUGUCUGGGAUUUCCGUUUCGUGUACAGGAUUCCAGACGAGAUGAAAUCUGAAGAUGCAGCACCACUCCUAUGUGGCGGAUGGACUGUUUGGAAUGACCUAAUUGGUUACGAUCUCAAGCCAACGGAUCACGUUGGCAUAGUCGGGAUCGGUGGGCUUGGUCAUUUUGCCAUCCAGUUCGCAAACAAAAUGGAGUGUGAAGUUACAGCAUUCUCUGCAACCGAGAGCAAGAAAGCCGAUUCUUUGACACUUGGAGCACAUCACUUCGUCAAUACGAAUCUCCCUGUAGGAGAACGUCUCAAGGUUGCAAGACAACUCGACAAAUUGCUCGUUUGCACCAACGUUCACAUUCCUUGGGAAUUGUUCACACCGAUCUUGAUUCCCAGUGAUAUGGCGAGCAAGCUUUCGGUGCCUCAUAUGCCGUUUUUUAUGAAGAGUAUCAAUAAUGUUUAUUCGACGAAUGGACAGCAUGAUGCUUAUGAUAAGUUGUUGGUAUUUAUGGCGCUACAUAACAUCAAGCCUGUUUCUGAGAAAUUUCCACUUACGGGAGAGGGGAUUGAGGACGCAUUGGACAAAUUGGAGAAGGGUACAAUGAGAUACAGGCGGGUCCUGCUUGCUAAAGCUUGA